AUGUCCGACGUCGAAAACGGCCCGAGCCUCAACGAGGAACUGCUGGACUUGGUCGCUGGAGACUCUGAGAGCGAGGCUGACGAUAUUGAUCGCCUUGACGAGGUCGAUGUUGAAGGCAGUCGAUCCCCGAGUCAAGAGCCCAAGCCGAGUGUCGAGAAGGUAGAGGACUCGCAAGGCACGCGGAGGGGAGUCGCGCAGAAAGUCAAGUCACGGGGUCGGAGAAAGCGCAAGCAAGAGAGCGAAGAAGAAGAUGCUGGCUCACCCUCACCCGCCGAGUCACCUCGGUCUGGCGGCAUGGACGAGUCUGAUGGCGAGGCAGACGCACCUGCAGAGGAAGACGACGAAGCUCCCCUGUUUCCCAUAGAUGGCAAGUUCCGAGACGAAAGCGACAGAGUCCGCGUGAUGGCCAUGACCGAAAUCGACCGAGAGGCAGAGCUGGCAGAGCGAGCGGAGCAGAUCAUACGACACAGACAAGAUAUGACCUUGAAGAGAGCGACAAUGCAGAGUCAGGCUGCUGCUAGCAGAAACAAACGCAAGGCUGCAGAGGACCUCGAAGACGGCAACAAACGUAGCAUGAGGCCGAAGACCGCGAAGCAGAACGCGCUGGACAGCUAUAGGAGAGCUCGAGAAGAGAAGAACACUCAGCGAAGCCGCAUGGAGUCAGAUCGCGGGCGAAGGGACGAUCGGGACGAACGCUCACCCUCUGCCUCUGACCGAGAUGCAGAUGGCGAGAGCGAGGUCGAGUGGGCUGAGCCUGCUUACGAGAGCCGUCGCGAUGAUCCACCUGCAGACCUCAGGGACUUUGAACGCUGCAGGGUGGGUCGCUCCAACUUCGCCAAGGUUUGUUUCUACCCAGGUUUUGAAGAAUCCAUCAGAGGCUGCUUCGCUCGCAUCAGCAUUGGUCUGAACCAGGAGAAUGGGCAGAACAUGUACCGCAUGACCCAGAUCAGAGGCUUCACCGAGGGCAAGCCCUACCAGCUCGAGAAUGCGCACGGCAAACAAUUCACUACAGAUCAGUAUGCUCUCGUGGCGCACGGAGCAGCCGAGAAAGCGUGGCCGUUCUCUGCCUGUUCUGAUGGCAAGUUCAACGAAGCAGAAUUCACUCGAUUCAGAGAUACCCUUCAGAAGGACAACAUCAAGAUGCCGUCACGGAGAUUCCUCACCAGCAAACUCGAUGCUAUCCACGAUCUGCUGAACCAGAAGUUCACGGAAGACAGCCUCCAGAUCAAGUUUGCGAAGCAGCGAGCCAUGGAGCUCAAGUUCGACCCAGCGCAUAUUGCCAGGCAGAAGCGGAAAGACAUUGCCAAGCGUCGCGCGGAUGCAGAGCAGAAUGGCGAUGAAGAAGAAAUUGCCAGGUGCGAUUCCGAGCUCGAAGCGCUGGAUAACAGCGCUGCCAACACGAACGGUGCGGUUAAGGCAAAGCCGGUCAUGGCGAAGACGACACCGCAGCACGAUCGUCUUGCGCAGCUCAACCAUACCAAUCGGCACAAAGAACAGGAGAGAGUACGUCAAGCCUUGAUCGCUGAGCGCAAGAAGGAGAUCAAAGCGCGGGAGGCUAUGAAGGAGAAGCAAGCGCAGGCCGCGAAGCUCAAGGCUGAGGCCGCGACCAAAUCUGGAAAGCGCGAAGCAGCAUUGCAGAAGUCUGCCAUGAAGGAUCUCUUCGGUGAGGGCUCAGACAUUAGCCGCGCAGGCACUCCGGCCAGCGGCAUCGACACGCCAAAGAAGAGCCGGGCUCAAACGCCACUUACACAACCUGCGAAUGGUACUAAGCUGCCGGUAGGUGCGCUGAAGAAGAAGAACCUGGACGACGAUGUGAUAGGAGGUCUGGACUUGGACAUUGACGUCGAGAUAUGA